AUGGAUCCUCUCACCCUCGCCGUCAGCGUCGCUCGACUCGCCAGCCUUACAAUCCAGCUUGUUGAAUUGACGGCAAAGUACUCAUUAGGAGUCAAGGAUGCGCCCGGCGAAGUCGAGGCCCUGAAACUCCAGCUUGCCGCCCUCCAGAGCGCGCUGACGCAGCUCGAUAACCUGUUGAAAGGCGUCGUCGACAAGGACAUCCGCUUCUACGCGGAUACGGGCCUUCGCGUGGCGCUUCGGCAUUGUGAGAGACAGCUGAAGGGGCUGUGGGAUAAGUAUUCUAAAGAGAAUAAGGGAGGGUCGGCCACCAACAAGAGAAGUAAAGGGAAGGAUUUCGGGAAGCGAUUGCUGUGGCCUUUUCGAAAAGAGGAAGUCGAAGGCACUUGCCAAAGCCUGUCCCAAUGCGUGCAAGCGUUUCAGUUCUUCGUGGCCAUUGACGAUAGCAAGGUUCUAGUCCAGAAUCAUUCCGAGUUGCUGACAAAUCUGAAACAACAGGAACUGGCCUUGGCUUCGGUCUCGAAGUUGACUGGCGGCCUAUCGGGACAGCUGGGCGAUACCUUGAGCCAGCUCAAGGACGUCCAGGGCGUACUCAAAGAUGGCAGGGCAGAGAUUGCUGCAUCACUAAGCCAGCUGCAAGAUGACAAUAGAAGUCAGGAGAUCCUUGUUCGAGACUGCGUGAUAUCAUGCAAUGGAUUUCGUCCCACCAAGUAUGAAAAGAAGCACGAGAGCGUCAGCUCAUCUCGACUUGCGGGGACAUGUGAGAAGAAGCUGAGAUCGAGCGAGGUUGAAGCUUGGAUUUCCGACAACGGUGUCGUCGGGCAUCAGCUGCGCUGCUUAGGAGACCCAGGGGCUAGAAAGUCUGUGUUCUGCUCUGCCGUGAUAAACGAGCUGAUAGGUCGAUAUUCGGCGGCUCAUUAUGUCGCGAUCACUUACAUCUAUUUCGACCAUCAAUUACGGAAUGAGCAAACGGUGCUGGAAGCUGUUCGGACUCUCCUAGCACAAUUGUUAGGUUCCUCGAAGCGGAUACCGUCGGAGCCGGAAAGGGCUUUCCAAAAGAAGGAAAGACGGCCAGAUUUGGCAGAGACUUUGACUCUUCUGACUGACCUGAUGGGGGACUUUCGAGCAUCAUAUAUAUGUGUUGACGCCCUCGACGAAUGCGCAGAUGCUAUUGCUUUUCUGAACGUCAUCAAGCAGUUAACUACUGCCAGACUCUUCAUCACGACCAGAAAGCCCACCAAACGCAUUGUUAAGAAAGCACUUCCUGGGUCUAUCCAUAUCGAGGUCGAGGCGGACGAGCAAGACGUCAGGGCACUGGUCAACUUUCGGCUCGUCGAGGAUGCAGACCCGUUAGGUUUUCUCUUGCCUGUUCUGCACAUCGAUAACGUCCUCGGCCAUCGUACAAUCAAGAAGCGUCGUGACGCGCUUGAACAGCUGUCAGGCACUAUCGACGACGCCUACAAGACCACUAUCCUGAGGAUCCAUGACCAGGGGUUUCAGAAGGCCGACCAAGCUCUUGAGAUAUUAGCAUGGGUUCUCCUGGCUCAGCGCCCUUUGGCAUUGACCGAGCUGCGCCACGCUAUCUCGAUAGAGAUCGGAGCCGAGGAUUUCAACAGUGAAGAUCUCCCCUCGGAGAAUAUGUUAACGACGUGCCUGGGUCUCGUCGUGACUUACCAGAAAAGGUCGACCGUGGGGUUUAUGCACUUCACGCUGCAUGAGUACCUCGAGUCAUCCGGUCAAUCGCUUCUCGGGGUUGGCCAUGAGAUGCUGUCGCGAAAGUGCCUCACCUACAUGCUGUACAAAUCGGCAUCCGUAUCCUUAUCGUCAGUGGCAGCACCAAGAAUGAGCUUCGAAGAAGUCGAAAUGCUCCGCCAUUUAACGGGCAUAGGCACUGCAGAUGAGCAUGGUUCCGAAAAGUACUUUACACUGCGUCUCGCCUACAGCAAGACGCACCACAACGCGUUUGAACUGGAGGUACUGCAAGAGAUGCACGGGACAUUUGUCCUACUGAAGUACGUAGGCCAAUACUGGGGUGAGCACUUCCGAAAUGCCGAGCAUAUGAGCACAGAGACCGAAGAUCUGGCCCUGCGGUAUCUUGCCUUGCUCUGGAACCCCUUGCAACCAAGUAUCGUCGACGUUGGCAUGCGAAUGGUUAGCCCUCCCAAAUAUACAGGUCUUAGCCCGGAUUUGACUGCGGCGCCUCAUCUGCGGUGGUUGUGCGGACCGCAACCAAAUGUCGUUCGAGCAUGUAAAACGAACGGGCAACCCUACCUUUUAUGUAGGGAUCGACGCAAACGAAACUGCAAUGGCUACUUCGGCAUCGAUCUUUAA